GGAAAGGGGGAGGGGCCUACCUGUCCACACCUGCAGAAAGUUGAGUCUCAAGACUGAAGGAAGAAAGUGACGGGCAGAGAAAAAAGGAGGCAUGUUGAGAGGUAACUGAACCGAACCAGAGGCGCUGAUCCGGACUGAGCGGCUCCAGGUUCUGCCUUUUUCCUUUGGGACAAAUCUGGAUCCACCAGGAUCCAACUGGCUCUAGAUUUCUCAACUGUGAUCUGAAGCAGGAAGUGAAGGAGCAGCAAACAUGGGCAGCAAGGAGCGGUACCACUGGCAAGCCCAGAACGUGAAGGUGAGCGGGGUGGACGACAUGGUUCUGCUGUCCAAGAUCAACGAGGACGCCAUCACAGAUAACCUGAAGAAGAGAUACAUGGACGACUACAUCUUUACCUACAUCGGCUCGGUUCUGAUCUCGGUGAACCCGUUCAAACAGCUGCCGUACUUCACCGACAGAGAGGUGGAGAUGUACCAGGGAGCGGCUCAGUAUGAGAACCCCCCCCACAUCUACGCUCUGGCUGACAACAUGUACAGAAACAUGAUGAUCGACAGCGAGAACCAGUGCGUCAUCAUCAGUGGGGAGAGUGGAGCUGGAAAAACUGUGGCUGCCAAAUACAUCAUGAGUUAUGUGUCCAAAGUGUCUGGAGGAGGAGAAAAAGUACAGCGCGUCAAAGACAUCAUCCUGCAGUCCAACCCCCUGCUGGAGGCGUUUGGAAAUGCCAAGACCGUCCGCAACAACAACUCCAGCAGAUUUGGAAAAUACUUUGAGAUACAGUUCAGCCGAGGAGGAGCUCCUGACGGAGGAAAAAUCUCCAACUUCCUGCUGGAGAAAAGCAGAGUCGUCUCCCAGAACCCCGGAGAGAGAAACUUCCACAUCUACUACCAGCUUCUCAGUGGAGCCACCAAGGAGCAGAGGGAGAACCUGGGAGUCACAACCCCCGAAUACUACUACUACCUGAACCAAUCAGGAACCUACACGGUGGAGGAUGUCAACGACAACAAGGAAUUCGCUGAUACCAUGGCAGCCAUGUCCGUCGUGGGUCUAUCUUUGGACGACCAGGACACGGUUCUUCAGCUCGUGGCAGGAAUUCUUCAUCUGGGAAACAUCAGCUUCCGAGAGGAGAACAACUAUGCUGUUGUGGAGAGCCAGGACUUCCUGGCCUUCCCGGCCUACCUGCUGGGGAUCCCUCAGGACCGCCUCUGCAGCAAACUCACCAGUCGAGUGAUGGACAGUAAGUGGGGGGGGAAGACCGAGUCCAUCUCUGUCACCCUGAACACGGAGCAGGCCAGUUUCUCCAGGGACGCUCUGUCCAAGGCUCUGUACGCCCGGCUCUUUGACUACCUGGUGGAUUGUAUUAAUAAAGCCAUGCAGAAGGAGGCAGAGGAGCUCAACAUCGGAGUCCUUGACAUCUAUGGCUUUGAGAUUUUCCAGCGAAACGGCUUUGAGCAGUUCUGCAUCAACUUUGUGAACGAGAAGCUGCAGCAGAUCUUUAUCGAGCUAACACUGAAGGCUGAACAGGAGGAAUAUGUCCAGGAAGGGAUCAAAUGGACUCCCAUUGAGUAUUUUAACAACAAGGUGGUCUGUGACCUCAUCGAGUCCAAACUGAAUCCUCCUGGGGUCAUGAGCAUCCUGGAUGAUGUGUGCGCUACAAUGCACGCCAAAGGUGAGGGGGCAGAUCAGACUCUGUUGCAGAAGCUGCAGGGACAAAUCGGAUCACACGAGCACUUCAGCAGCUGGAACAAAGGCUUCAUCGUCCACCACUAUGCGGGCAAGGUGUCGUAUGACGUUAACGGGUUCUGUGAGCGGAACAGAGACGUUCUGUUCAACGACAUCAUUGAGCUGAUGCAGAGCAGCGAGUUUCUGUUCAUCAGAGCUCUGUUCCCGGAGAACCUAGAAGCGGAGAAACGAGGGCGCCCAUCCACAGCCAGCAGCAAGAUCAAGAAACAAGCCAACAGUCUGGUCCAGACCCUGAUGAAGUGCACCCCCCACUACAUCCGCUGCAUCAAACCCAAUGAGACCAAACGGGCCAGAGACUGGGAGGAGAACCGGGUCAGGCAUCAGGUGGAGUACCUAGGGCUCCGAGAGAACAUCAGAGUCCGUCGAGCCGGAUACGCCUACCGACGAGUCUUCAACAAGUUCCUGCACAGGUAUGCCAUCUUGACCAGAGAGACCUGGCCUGAGUGGAAGGGCGACCAGCGGCAGGGAGUGAUGCACCUCCUCAACUCGGUCAACAUGGAUCAGGACCAGUUCCAGCUGGGAAAAGCCAAAGUCUUCAUCAAAGCACCAGAGUCGCUUUUCCUGUUGGAGGAGAUGCGUGAGAGGAAGUACAACGGUUACGCCCGGGUCAUUCAGAAGGCGUGGCGUAAACACAUCGCUGUCCGCAAAUACGUCAAGAUGAGGGAGGAAGCCUCCGAUGUCCUUCUGAACAAAAAGGAACGCCGCAGAAACAGCAUCAACAGGAACUUUGUGGGAGAUUACAUCGGUACCGACAACCAUCCUGAGAUCCGACAGUUUGUGGGCCGCAGAGAGAGGAUUGACUUUGCAGACGUGGUGGUGAAAUUUGACCGAAGAUUUAAGACGGUGAAACGGGACCUCAUCCUGACGCCAAAGUUCCUGUAUUUGAUUGGCCGAGAGAAGGUGAAACAGGGUCCAGAUAAAGGCCAGAUCCAGGAGGUUCUAAAGAGGAAGAUUGAACUUAACAGAAUCCAGUCUGUUUCUCUCAGCACUCUACAGGAUGACUUUUUCAUCAUCCAUGAAGAAGAGUACGACAGCGUUCUGCAGAGCGUCUUCAAGACGGAGUUCCUCAGUCUGCUGGUGAAACGGUACCAGGAGAAAACGGAGAAGAAACUGUCGCUGAAAUUCAACAACCUUCUGGAGUUUAAGGUGAAGAAGGGCCGACAUCUGUUUAGCUCUUCGGGCUCCAGGCAGAUCCAGUUCCAGGUGGGCCAGGGCGACGAGCCGGAGCUGAAACCCAGUGGGAAGGUCCUGCAGGUCUCCAUUGGACCAGGACUCCCCAAGAACUCCAGACCAACCAGGAAAGAUAAACGCAAGAGCCGCUACAUGGGCCACCAGGCUCCACAGGCCUACCAGAACAACUCGGCUCCUCACCACAGGGAGGGCGGAGCACCCAGAGGACAGCCACCCUUCUCAAGAGGGUCCACUCUGAGGAACCAGUCCAGUAUGGAGCAGCCCACCCUGCCCCGCCUCCAGAACCAGCACCGCCCCAGUACCCAGCGUUCCCAGAACCAGGACAUGGGCUUCAUGAACGUCCCUGAUCAGGGGGCAGCAGGGCUCCACAGGCGCCUUUCAAAGGAGGUAAAACCAGUUCCAGGCGCUGGCCGGCCUAAACCAAAACCCCGGUCUCCUCAGUGCAGAGCUCUGUACGCCUACGAUGCCCAGGAUACCGAUGAGCUCAGCUUCAACACUGAUGACAUAAUUGAGAUUCUGACUGAAGACUCGUCUGGUUGGUGGUUCGGCCGGUUGCGGGGCAAAGAGGGGAUGUUCCCUGGAAACUAUGUGGAGAAGAUCUAGACCUGCUUUCGGCGCUCAGAUGUCCUAAGCCUGCUGCUGAGGAUGGAGUCUGAGGUCGCUGUGGCGUUCAGGACAUCAGCAGAACAUUAGAUUAUUCCACACCAGGAGACAUUCAGAAACAAACGCAUAAAGGUUCCCGUCUGACGACUGUCGAUCGGCCAGAGAGUCUUCAUCCUCAGAGGUCAGCCAGGGCUCAGUACUGGUCCAGUCGGACCCAAAGUGAAAAGCCCCAAAGUUUGAUACGUUUUAAAUGGUUCUCUGAUCCCUUCAGCUAUUUUAAAGGAGCAAUUCGAUCAUUGUUGACAUCCCUGAUACCACAGACCUAAACAGGUCAGUUAGCGCCCCCUCCAGGCCUGGAUGCUAGUUCAGGUCCAUCUGAUCCAGAAGCAGUCUGGAUCAUUCUGGGAAUCCUUAACCAAUAAUUCUCAGGUUUUCACCAUCUUAGUAUAAAAAAACCAUUUACUGAGCUGACUUUGUUUUUUUAUCUGCACUUCUAUCGUUUUUCCUGAAUCUUCUCUUUUUCAUCUCUCAUCACAUCUUGUUCAGUUUAAUGUGAGCCAGAUGGAGGCUGUAGCAGUUAUUCCUGCAUCAGCACACUGAACAAAAAAACUCACCACUACAUUACCCAGAGUUCCUGCAGAAAGGAGUGCUGCCUUCAGGUGCUGAUGGAGAUUAGUGUUUUGAUCGGUCAUUGUUUUUACAGUCUGAAUAUUCCAUAUUUACGCUUAAGUUGUAAAUAAAUCAUUUUAAACUCAAAUGGAACCAAUUUUAGAUUAAAAUGCAUUUUGGACUAUAUUACAAACAAAUAAAAAUGAUCUCUGAUUUAAAGACCUAUCCAGAAUCUUUUAAUUUUUGGAAACUGCUAUUUGCUUUGUUACUGUGAGACUAAAGUGAGUCGUGCUAAAGGGUUCUAUAUGCACACACCCAUUGAUGUAUUUUACUAAUAAUAGUAUCAAUAUUUUAUACUAUAUCUUACUUUACUAUAUAUUAAUGUACUCUGUCAAUACAUCAUUGCAUUGCAGACACCAUUUGAUUUGUGCUGUGGUGUUGCCCCUGAAGUGCAUUCACCUUAACUGACACUGGUUUUAUUGUGAAAGGAGGAAACACACCGGACACGUUGCAAAGCAGCAUACGCUUGUUCGACGCUUAGGUUGGCUUUUCAUGUCACAGUAAUCAGGAGGACGGGAUCAUUCUUUAUAUAGCAAUAUUGUAAAAAAGACAGAUUCCCUUACCAAUAAACGUCUGUUCUAAACAUUG